AUGCGUAUACACCAGGACCAUAGCUCAUCGGGGAGCCGUGCACACCGAGUCUACAAGUCACACUGGCUGAUACUGUUUUGCCAGAACCGCCAAACUCCAAAUCGACACAAUCCGAAGAGAUCUCUACCCACCCCUUCAAGGUCCUCCUCAAGUCAUGAAACGCCUACCAGUACGUACUCGUCUAUCGAGAUCAAAAGGGCUGGCUUUAGCGACGCCCCUCAGCCACAAGCCGCGGUCCAGCAGUCCCAUGACACGCAAAGCAAUCGUGCUGCCUCAGCCCCUCCCCUUCGACCUGAACUUGAAUCUCCCAGCAAUGAAAGGGGUGCCGAGUUCCACGGAGAAAACUCUUUUAAAUCCAUCCUCAAGGAGCAUUUAGGCAGCAUGGGUGUCGUUUCUACCGAGUUGGACUCAUCACAGACCAAGGAGACCUCGAUCGACAAAGAUCGAGUGGCCCAAGGGGCUCAAAUAUUAACCUUCAUGAGCAACCGGCGAAUGAUCAAUGCCUUCGUGUCGCUAUGGUUUGAAAUUACCGACGGGUCUGGCCUCGUCAGCGCUGAACCCGUCGUCAAGGCCUGGAUGCGGAAGCUAUGGCUUUGCCACGGGGAUGUGCUGGAGAAACAAGACCCGGAAGAGCUAUUGCAACUAUCCGGGCUACUAUGGCGUAACACACAAACCACCAUCUCCAUCAGUGGAUCCACUACAGCUACCGAAUGGACAGACUUAGCAGCUGGUCAAAACAUCCGGUGGGAAGUGAUUGGCAUCAUUGCUGCCAUUGUGGGAAUGUGUGGAGCCUAUGGCGAGACGAAUCACCCUCUAUUUAAGGAACAUGGCGUUACCCGACUAACCCUCCCCAAGCAGGCCCAUCGCGUUGCCGAAACCUGCUUGGACUUUUGUCGGGAAUGUGAUGUCAUCGAUGAUUUAUUUCUGUUUCUCAUAGUCGAGACAAUGGGCCUCACUAGUGACAUCCGGGGUGAUAACAGUUAUAGCACAUACUGCCUUGUCGGCGAGGUUGUGUCUGCUGUUGUGUCUUUGGGUUAUCACCAGAAGAUCGAGGCCAAUGAGCGUGUUCCCUUUUUCCUAUCGGAACUACGGAAACGUGCUCGAAGUUGUGCAUACUUUAGUGAGACCUCAGUGUCUUCAUUCCUAGGCCGACCGCCGCGGGCUUCGAAUCGGUAUUGGCACCUAGAUCCGCCGCUCGAUCUUACAGAUAACCAGCUGGUUCUUGAUAAAACGGAAAUGGAAUCCGCAAUUGCGGCAUUAGACAAAGACGGAUUCAACAAGGUAGGGAACGUCACGCGCUCGACCUUUACGAGAACGUGGUCUGGGUUUGCACAAAGGAGGGAAGACAUUCUCGACCUGGCUCUCGGUAGCUAUUCCCGCGGAGAAAUUAUUGAUCGGGCCGAGGUCAUACAGCAAAAGACCGAGGAGCACUGGAAGCGAUUACCCGAAUUCCUCCAAAAGAUCAGAUACGACAGGCUUGAUAGUACGCUGAAGCAUAUGAAACUGCUGUACAUGACCAUUCUGUGUCAAGCAAGUCGAGCGAAUGAGCUCCUGCUCCAACGCGUGCUCAUCCGCAAAACUGGCUCCAGCAACGAGAAACUUGUCCGAAUUGCUCAAACGAUCUUUGCAGAUGUGUUGGAACUUGGCUCACGUCACGACAUGUUCCCAACUUUCCACGUCGAUAUCACUGCUAUUCUGGUUCUUCAUGGGCUGCGUGCCUCAGCCAUUAUCGCCGUUGAGCUACUCAAACAGGAACAACACCCAGUAUAUCCGAAGGAGCCGCUCCUCCCGAGAAGCCAAACUAUCCAGGACUUGUCAGUAUUUGCAGCAAGACUAGGUAUCGUGGACAAGGCAGAAGGCAUGUAUCAUUUGUGCCAACAAGGACAGAAGAUCAUCACCCGUAUCCUCGACAAGAUCCUCUCUCCUCCGAAGCCGGUUGACCAGCAUGUACAAGCACAGACUCCCGACUUGACAGAAUUCCAAAAUCAGCAGCAGCUACCAUAUGGACAGAUGGAGUUAGACAUGGUUGGUAACUGUAUGUUCCAAGGAGGCACAUCUUAUGUCCCAUACAUGGGACCAGCCGCUCCCAUGGACUUCAAUUUCGGGCAGCCAUAUCCCACGGCUCAAGAGAACGAAUCCAUGUUCAUGUCUUGGCUAGACAGUGUUGACUGGGAACGGCAAGGUCCCUUGGUAGGAAUGUGA